UAUAUCUGUUGACUUUAAUGGAAAUUGGGAUGACUAUCUAGUUGAAAAUCCUGUAUACUUCUGGAAUAAUCUUCAAAAUGAAGUACCAGAAUUGGCUACUUUUGCUGCUCAAAUUAUGUCUAUACCACCUACAUCAGCUGAAAGUGAAAGAUUCUGGUCAUUCAUAGCGAAUAUUUAUUCACCAAAAUGUCACCAACUGACAAAUGAACAUGCAAUAAAAAUGACAUGUAUUCGAUGUUAUGCCGAAAUUAUAUCUAAUAUCAAAUUUAAUAAUAUGGACAAUAGUAAUAAUAAUUUAGAACAAUUUGAGGAGAAAGAA